CAAUUGUUCAAAUCCACAUAGUAUAAAAACCACCUGCUAAUUCAGCCGCCCCCAUAUCUGCGCCCGAUUUUAAUCUUCAAGCAUGGUGUGGGCAGUUUGUGCGGUGGUUUUGCUCUGCACGAUGUCCGCGACGGCAUCCUCCCCAGGACCCGAGGGCGACAGGGAGAAGGAAUAUACGAACAUGUGGAUAGCCGAGAUCCACGGAGGCGAGCAUGUGGCUAGACGGGUAGCAAGAGACCUAGGGUACAACUACGGUGGUCAGGCAGACGUGUUCGAGGACCACUACGUGCUGACCCGGGACGACCAUCCUGAAGUGUCAAAACGAAGUAGCAUUCACCUUACCCGAAGUCUGCAAGACGUGGACGAAGUGAAAUGGGCUGAACAACAAGCGGUGGUGGUUCGAAGCAAGCGAGGGUUCAUACCCAGACCUCCAGAGGAAGAAGAAGAUGAGCAGCAGUCAGAGCCAAGGACAUCAAGACAUCAAGAUCUGAUGAAGCUGCUGAACAGCAUUUACGGUGGCAAGUUGGGCAAUACAAAACCCAACACAGCGGCCCACUCGAAGACAAGCACCAACAGUAAACCACACAGUACCAAGACCACUGGAAGCAAGCUGGGCACAUUCUCUACCAAACCAAGUUCAACUAGUCUUAACACGUACAAGGGCGUAACAAAACACGUUGAGUGUCUCAGCUCCAAGACCAGUGCCUACCAGUCAAUGUUCAACGACCCUCUCUGGCCUAAUGAGUGGUACAUUCAAGAUUACCGCACUCAGGACAUGCCAGUCAUGGACCUCAACGUAGUACCUGUCUACAAGAUGGGAAUCACCGGCAAAAGCGUGACUAUAGCUGUUGUAGAUGACGGGGUGGAACAUGGACAUCCUGAUAUGAUUGGCAAUUUUGUGGAAAGUCUCAGUUAUGACAUGGGCAGUGACAAGCCUGGCUCUACUCCAGAUCCCUCCACUUCUCAUCCCAACUCCCAUGGUACCAAAUGCGCUGGAGAGAUUGCUAUGGUCGCUAAUAAUAACAAAUGCGGAGUUGGUAUUGCUUACAACUCCAAAAUUGCAGGUAUCAAAGUGUUGGGAAAGCGAUCUGUGGAUUAUGUGGAAGCGAAGGGUCUUAUUUAUAGAUUGGAUAAGUUCGACAUCUACUCAAACUCAUGGGGGCCCUCAGACGAUGCGAUGACAAUGGAGAAAGUGGGCCGAAUGUCUGCUCUCUCGUUUGAGAAAGGAAGUACUCAGGGACGUCAGGGCAAAGGGGCGAUAUACGUGUUUGCAGGCGGGAACGGAAGGCACUUGACUGACAACUGUGCUUGUGAUGGCUUGGUAAACAACGUUUAUACCAUUGCCAUUGCCAGCGUCUCCCAGAGGGGAAAGAUCGUGUAUUACAGCGAGAGCUGCACAGCCAUCUUCGCUGCAGCUUACUCUGGUGGCAACAGCUACGAUGAGAAAGUUGCCACUAUUGAUCUGAAUGGAAAAUGUACAACCUCGUUCAGUGGAACAUCUGCUGCAGCUCCGCUUGCCACCGGAAUCAUUGCGCUCGCACUGGACGCGAACCCCAAGCUGACAUAUCGAGAUGUGAUGCACCUUAUCACGAUGAGUGCUGAAGUAGCGCCCCUGGCUGAUAACGGAGAUAUCUGGUACAAGAACGGGCGAGGUUUCUGGGUCAGCAAUGACUUUGGGUUUGGCCUGCUAAAUGGAGAAAACAUGGUAAAUCUGGCCAAAACCUGGAAGAACGUGCCUAAGAAGAACACCUGCAUUGUCAGUGUAAAACUGGAUAACCCGCAGUAUAUCACAGUUGGAGAGACAGCCAACAUAGAGUUUCAGACAGUGGCUUGUCAGGACACGAAAAAUGACGCUGUCCACUAUCUGGAGCAGGUGGAGGUGACUUCCACCGUGCAGUACCCUUACCGAGGAGCUCUUUCUAUGACCCUCAAGUCACCUGCAGGAACCAAGAGCACUCUCUUACAGACAAGACCUAAAGAUAGCAACAAGGACGGGUUGAAGGAAUGGACAAUUAAGACCCUACACAACUGGGGAGAGAACCCUAAGGGAAAGUGGGAAAUCGAAGUGAAAGCUAACGCCCUGACCGGUGUUAGAGCUGCCAGUGGGUACGUUCUCGAGUUCACCAUCUCAUUCCAUGGAACCAAGGACAUGCCAGCCCACUACUCACAGCGCAGGAAAUAUUCAGGAUUCAGGCUCUCCAAUGGCAAGACUAGCGAGCUCCUGCUGCGGAUGAUCCUUCAGUAUGUUUUGGAAAUGCUGGGCCAUUUCAUCUAGAUGUAGUGGCUUCACCGGAGUUAGUUCAGGAACAACACUGGUCAGUAACCAUCAACUAUGGAGUUACAUAAUGAAACUGAAAACACGAAUCAAUAAUCUCUAGUCACAUAAAAUGUUAUAAUAUACUAUAUUUUGUAUUAAACUAU